GAAGCGGCGGAAAUAGUUAUUUUGCGUCUAAUCGCGUCCUUUCUCAUCCAUUUUCAUUGAUUAUUAAGUAAAGUGCGUUCGAGCUGAGUGUUAGUUUGUAUAUUAUAGAGAUAAAAUUGUGUAUAAAUUAUUUAUUUUAAAAGAAAAUAAUGGCCGUUGGAGGAGUUCCUGCAAAUGGCCCAGCAGUCACAAGUGGAGGACCCGGUGGUCCACCGGGAGGUGCAGUUGGAGGUCCAGGGGGGCCACCAUCAAGGGGUGGUCCGGGAGGUUUUAGAGGGCGAGGAGGUCCACCAGGACGUGGUGGUCCAGGAAGAGGUGGCUUUAUGGAUCGCGGAAGAUGGGGUCGUGGAAUGGGUCGCGGAGGACCAAUGGGCCGAGGAGGUCCACCAAUGAGAGGUAUGCGCGGUGGUCCACCAUUUAGAGGAGGGCCUCCACGGGGAGGUCCAAUGGGUCGUGGUGGUGGAGGAGGUGGUGGUGGUCCACGAAGUAAUUUUGCAGCACCUCCACCAGCUGCUGCAGCACCACCCCCAACAGCUGGACCAGCGGGUGACGCUCCACCUGGUGUCCCACCAGGACCUGUUGUUCCACCAGUUGUAUCUCAAGGAGGUGGAGUACCUCCACCACAACAGCAACCUCAACAACAACCACAGCAACAACAACAACAGCAACAAAGACCACCAUUCAGAGGCGGGCGAGGUGGUGGUGGAAUGCGAGGGCGUGGUCGUGGUGAUUUCAACCAAAGACCGGGUGGUGGAAUGAGGCAAGGUGGGCAAGAUAGAGGACAACAAAGACCACGAGGGCAAUUUGAUAGAAAUCGUGGCCGUGGUGGACCGGGUGGUGGACUUGGAGGUCCAGGUGGUCCAAUGAAACGAGGUGGAAUGGGAGGACCAGGUGGUGGAAUGGGUGGUCCAGGACCUAAAAGAGGACGUUUUGAACAAGCACCACCUCAACAAGCUGGUAAUGGAUAUAAUCAACCUCCACCAAGUUAUGAUUCCGGAUAUGGACAACCACCUCCAGCGGCUGAUCCUUAUGCUCCUCCACUUAGUGCACAACAAUACGCUCCACCACCACAACAUAAUACAGGGUAUCAAAGUUCACAGUAUUCAGCACCAGCUCCAGCAACAGGCGGAUAUGCUCAACCACCUGCAAAUCAAUAUGGUUCACAAUCACAAUCCUAUGGAAAUACAAAUCCAGGUUAUGCAAGUUACAAUAGCUCAUAUGAUCAGAGUCAAGAUUAUCAAAAUCAAGGAUACUCAGCAGCACCUGCCUCAGGUGGUUAUAAUCAGUCAACCGGUGGUUAUUCAACAUCUGAUCCAUACGGGCAAAAUACCGGUGGGUACAGUACUGCACCGACAGAUCAAUAUGCUUCCUAUGGAAAUGCUGCACCUAGUGGCUAUGGUACUACAAGUAGUUAUGAUGAUAGAAAUUAUGCUGCGCCAGCAUCUUAUGAUUCCCAAGGCUAUAGCAGCGCACCAGGCGGUGGCUAUGGGAAACAAGAUUAUGGCGGUGUAACAUGAAAAUUUUUACCAUCAAACCUGAGAAGAUAAUGGAAUAUUUGAAGAAUUUUUAUGUUUGCAAAUUCAAAUGUGUCUUGGAGCACAUUUUACUAUGGAAAUUGUAAAGAUUUGAAGACAAUGAUUUGUGGAAUUAAGGGUCUCGUGGAAAGAUGGAGCUUACUGAUAUUUUUGUAAAUGAAAAUAAUUUCUGUGAAACAUUUUACGCAUGUAAAUUUUAAAAUUUCAAAAAAUAAAAAAUUUUAAUUUUAUUUACCC